AGAUAUCAUAAGUUCAAUAACUGAAUGAGCAGAAAGUCAGUAAUCAAUUCUAAAUUUGCAGGUACUUUUAUGUUUGUACCAGAAGUGUUUUUUCCCUGGAUUUAAACUUCUCCAUGAAUCUACGAGGCAACUAAUAUUAUUAAAUUAUCCAAUUACUUGAUUAUAGUGCUAACUGUCAAAUUUAGUGGGCCAUCUGUCUUUAUUGGGUGUCAUAUUCCAGACACCUCCCACUACAAUAAAGUCUGUGGGGUAGAGCAUUUGGAGCUCUGACACGUUCGUGAUAUCUUCAAACAUUUGUUUGUUUUAGGCAGUUGUUUUAUGAACAUAUACAUUAAUCAACAAGAAAAAAUGACUUUCAACAUGUAAAACAGCAUUUGACCUUCCCCAUCUGCCCUGACUGUAAUAAUAUCACCUGGAAACCUGUUGGAACAAAUUGUAACACCAGCAGAUCUGUUGGUUCCGUGACAUUCACAUCAAAAUCGGAAGAAUGAGUUUUUUGUAGUGUAUGCUGCAACCUCUGAUGCAAGUUAUUGCUCAACACGCCAUCUUACCAGAACUCCCCCCCCCCCCUGGGGCUUGUUGUGUGUAACGAGUGCUCUAUUUCCACUCGCUGUAGGCAGAGUGGGCUUGUUUCUCUCAUAUGCACACUGUAAAUACAAGAGCUCUUGCCAGCCGUCCACUGCUUGUCAACAAAGCAGCCUCACAGAGCGAAAUAUGACACUAAAGGACUGUAGCCGAGGGUUAUGAGUUGUGCCUAUACUUAUGAAGGAUUCGCAGGAAAUCAAUGUCCCCACAAUCCCUGCUGCUGCUCUGUGACUCUCCUUUUUCCUAGACCUGAUUAAUACAAUCUGUCUCUUGAGGCAGUAAAAGGUGAACCUGGAGUUCGUUUACAGCAUGAGUGCCCUUUAGAGGAGUGGCAAUGAAGUACGUCACCAACGUAGUAAAAAUCCCUUCAUCUCUCCCAUUCCCACUGCGCCUGCUGUGUCCAUGUCUUUACUUAAGAGGGAUAGGUGGAAAUAUUCAACUGGAGAACAGUUGGAGGAGGGAAGGGAAGGCUUUUAAGUGAAGACCUAAACCAACAGGCAGAUCUGAAUCCAAUGGAGCAGUGGACUCAUGUAUAACUCGGAACGUCUUAAGUCUUCCAAGGGGCUCCUGCGGAAGAGGAGGACGAUAGUACCUUCCUCCGCAGAGGAUGAGCAACUGAGUCUACCCUUAAAAUACAAGAGCAACAAGAUCCGGACCACAAAGUAUUCUCUCUUCUCCUUUCUGCCAAAAAAUCUGUUUGAGCAGCUCCAUCGUUUUGCCAAUGUCUACUUCAUCUUCCUUGCUGCUCUGAACUUUGUUCCUGUGGUGGAGGUUUUCCAACCAGAGAUCGCUCUGGUUCCUAUCAUACUGGUGCUGUCAGUGACGGCUGUCAAGGAUAUCUGGGAAGACUACCGCAGCAAGCAGAAAGCCUACAUCGAGCAGUGCUGGAAGGAUGUGCGAGUGGGAGACUUCGUGCGUCUGUCCUGUAAUGAAAUCAUACCAGCUGACAUGCUGCUGCUGUAUUCCUCUGACCCACAUGGACUCUGUUACAUUGAGACUGCCAACCUGGACGGAGAGACCAACCUGAAACAGAGACAGGUGGUUUCAGACCUCCCACUGCAGGGACUACAGUUCACCCUCGAGAGCUUCCACAGUCGUGUUGAGUGUGAGAACCCCAACAAUGACCUCAGCAGGUUCCGAGGUUACAUGGAACACCCCAGUGGGGUUCGUGUUGGACUCCAUAACAACAACCUGCUGUUGAGGAGCUGCACCAUCCGCAACACUGAGACUGUGGUGGGCAUCGUGGUCUACGCUGGUCAUGAGACUAAAGCCAUGAUGAACAACAGUGGGCCGAGGUACAAGCGCAGCCAGCUGGAGAAGCAUCUGAACACGGUGGUCCUGUGGUGUGUGCUCCUGCUCAUCAUCAUGUGUCUGACUACUGCUAUAGGUCACGGCCUCUGGCUGAAGAACAUCAAAGACUCAGUAUUCAAGGUUGAUAAGGAGACGUCUCCCGCACUGGCUGCAUUCUAUGUCUUCUGGACUAUGAUCAUUGUGCUGCAGGUGCUCAUCCCCAUUUCUCUGUACGUGUCCAUUGAGGUUGUGAAACUAGGCCAGAUCUACUUCAUCCACAAUGACUUAGCCCUGUACAACAAGCAGCUGGACUCUAGGAUUCAGUGCCGGGCCCUCAACAUCACGGAGGACCUGGGUCAGAUCCAGUACCUGUUCUCUGAUAAGACGGGAACUCUGACAGAGAACAAGAUGGUGUUCCGCCGCUGCAGUAUCUUUGGGGUGGAAUAUCCUCAUGAGGAAAAUGCUCGGAGGCUAGAGGUGUAUGAGGCGGAGAGGAGCGAGGCGGCUGCUCGCUCCGUCACUCUCCGGUCGGGCUGCAGUGGGAGAUCUGUGAGCUGCAGACACAGCUCUGUGUCUCUGCACACACUUGCUGCUGAGUCAGAGGAAGAGGAGCAGCUGUCCAAUCGCACGCAGCCCAGGACCAGAGCCUUCUGCAGCCGCGUGGCGAAGGAGGUGCUACCAGACCCUGAGCUGGUGAGGAAGCUCAAUUGGUUUCGCUCUCCUGUGUUGCCUCUGAGAGACGGCUCCUCUGGGACUCCAUCCAACCUGGAGCUCACCUACAUCACUGACUUUUUCCUUGCUCUGGCUAUCUGUAACAGCGUGGUGGUCUCCUCACCCAGCCAGCCUCGACAUGUGGUUCCUGAAGCACGAACACCUCUCAAAUCCCUGGACGAAAUCAAGCUGAUCUUCCAGCGAUUGAGCUUCUCUCCCUUCUCAGCCCUUUCCAUCCUGUCCCCUCUCCAGACCAAAGGCAGCCCUCACAGCUUCACCAGCAGGAUGUUUUCCGGGGGGAAGACCGGCUCAUUCACCUUAUCCCCGCCCACUAACUGCACCACAGACGGGUCAGAAACAGGCCUAGAAAGUAACCUGGAAAUAUCCUACCUGAGGUGUGAACACGACUCGUCUUCCAGAGUGAAAGGAAGAGAUACUGGACAGAUGGAUGGCAGGGGGACAGAGGAUGACAUCAAAGAUAUAAAGACAAACCCUGAGGGGACCAGGCAGGAUGUGGAGCAGGAUGUGGAAGACCUGAUCAGAGAAGAGGAUUGUAAGAGUGACACUGACGAUGAACUGCUGUAUGAGGCGGAGAGUCCCGACGAGGCGGCUCUGGUCUAUGCAGCCCAGGCGUACUGCUGCACCCUGAGGGGACGCUCUGCAGAGAGCCUGUUGGUGGACCUGCCAGGAAUCGGCUCCCUAGCUGUCCCGCUGCUCCACAUCCUGUCCUUUGACUCCAACAGGAAGAAGAUGUCAGUGGUGGUCCGCCACCCACUCACAGGACAGGUGGUGGUUUACACCAAGGGAGCUGACUCUGUCAUCAUGGACCUGACUGAGACUCCUAAAGUUGCAGAGGAGGCUCAAGAGAUCUGCAGUCACAUCAGAGAACAAACCCAACAUCAUUUAGACAGCUAUGCCAGAGAAGGCCUCCGCACACUCUGCAUCGCUAAAAAGGUUCUGGGAGAAGAGGAGUACAAGGUGUGGCUGAAGGGACAGCUGCUGGCAGAGAGCAGCAUAGAGAACAGAGAGGAGCUGCUGGCAGAGUCGGCUCACAGACUGGAGACCAACCUCACUCUGCUGGGCAGCACAGGGAUUGUGGACAGACUGCAGAAGGAAGUUCCAGAGACCAUUGAAGCUCUUCAGAGGGCUGGGAUCAAAGUCUGGAUCCUCACUGGAGACAAACAAGAGACAGCCAUCAACAUCGCCAACGCCUGCAAACUCCUUUGUCCCGAAGACCAGCUGCUGACAAUAAACUGUGGAAGCAAGGAUGCAUGUGCAGCUUUGCUUAAAGAGCUCCAACUAAAAGUGCAGCAUGGUGAAGACCGUUUGACUGAAGUGCCUGCAGCAGGGAAUCAUGGGAAGUCGUCGUCAGGCAGUGUGGCAGGCUUCAUUCUUGUGAUAGAUGGCCGGACACUGGACUGGGCCCUGCAGGACGAGCUGAAGAAAGACUUCCUGCAGCUGAGCUGUAGAUGCAAGGCAGUCAUCUGCUGCAGGUCCACUCCGCUGCAGAAGAGCCAGGUCGUCCGGCUGAUCCGGGACCAGCUGGGCGUCAUGACCCUGGCUGUGGGCGAUGGAGCCAAUGAUGUGAGCAUGAUUCAGGUGGCUGAUGUGGGCAUCGGGAUAUCUGGUCAGGAGGGCAUGCAGGCUGUGAUGUCCAGUGACUUUGCUAUCUCCAGGUUUAAACACCUCAGGAAGCUGCUGCUGGUCCAUGGCCACUGGUGUUACUCUCGUCUUGCAAACAUGAUCCUCUAUUUCAUCUACAAGAAUGUGAUGUUUGUGAAUCUGCUGUUCUGGUAUCAGUUCUUCUGUGGUUUCUCUGGGAGCGUCAUGACCAACGCCUGGGUGCUCAUCCUCUUCAACCUGCUCUUCACUUCUGUCCCCCCGCUCGUCUGUGCCGUCCUGGACCGACACACGGCCGCACACACACUGAUGGAGCUGCCUGAGCUCUACAACACCGCCAAGGCCUCUGUUCCCUACAUGUUCUGGAUCACAGUCCUGGAUGCGUUUUACCAAAGCCUUGUCUGCUUCUUCGUGCCUUACUUUGCGUUUGCAGGGUCGAGCGUCAGUGAGCUGUCCUUCGGCUCUCCCAUCAACGCCUCAGCUCUCUUCAUCAUCCUGCUGCACCAAGUCAUCGAGAGUCCCACUCUGACAUGGAUUCAUGCGCUGGUGUUGCUGCUCAGUGCUGCUUCCUACUUUGGCUUUGUGCUGCUCUUCAGUUUGUUCUGUGUGACCUGCAGCCCCCCCACCAACCCUGUGGGGGUGGAAACACUCCACAUGUCUCAGCCUCUUUUCUACAUCGUAUGUGCUCUCACUACUGUGACGGCUCUGAUACCAAGGCUGCUGUUUCGAGCUCUGUUCAACACCUUACACCCCUCUGCUGUUCUGAAAUCAGCUCAGACGGACAACGUGGAUUCUGAGAAGUACCGCCACAAAAUGCAGCGCUGGAAUCUGAGCAAGACCAUAAACAGGCUGCCAGUGUGUGCAGACAACCCGGGCCUGGAGCCCAGCACAGACUCCUGACCUCCAUCUACAACCACAUACACACACAAAUACAGAGAAACACACACACACAGCCCUGGACAGACAGUGUAUGGGCUGUGCAGGGAAAGACAGAGCUGACAGUUCAAAAGACAUGCUGGAUGUGAUGAUCAUGUGACUCACACUUCUCUGCUCAUUUUGCUACAUGUCAGCAGUCAAAGAAAUUUGGCGAGACAAAUUUUUAAAGAAAAUUGAAAAUGUGUUUAAUAUCUUAUAGAAGCUGUGAAACAUGUCCAUCAUGUAAAUCUAUGUACAGACAAUAUCAUUUUUUAAAGGAGCUGCAUGUUUCAUCUGAGCAUCAAGAAAUCAUCAGCUCAUUAAUCUUCUGACAUUGGUCACAAAGGAGAGAGACCUUCAGUUUGAUGGACAUCAAGGCUACUGUUACACUGCGGGGAGACACACAUUUUAUUUAUUAUAUAUGACAGGCUUUAUUUUAGUUUGAUAUUCUUCAUGUGUUCAGAGGUGUUUAUUUGUUUUACUGGAUGACUUUCAGAUGACAACACAGUUAUAAUAUGAUAAUAUUUGACCAAUAAAUAAAUAAAAAAGGUUUAUUCUUGACCUUUGAAACAUCAGCCUGAGAAAAAAGAUUAGCACAAUGUCCACUUACAGUACAGUAGGCUAUUAUUUAGACCUUGUGGUCUUCCUCACUUGAUGGAGUCGCUUUGUUAUCAUGGAGAUGGUUAUGGCAUUGUUUAUGUUAAUAUCAAACAUGCUGCUUAAGUAAUUUGUAAGAAACAUUACAGUGUGGAUGUAGCCAAAGAGAUUCUGUUUAUUGAUCUUAUGUUUCUGUAAUCAGAGGGUACUGAGCCUGGAGCAAAGACUGCUGCUGUUUCUCAGGGCGGAGCUGCACCAACAGAUAAAAACACACACAAUUAUCACAUUAAAUCAAGAUUUAAUUUGUAAUGUUUUACAACUCACUCUUAUUUUUUUUAUAUAUAUAUAUAUUAAUGAUGUUAUUAUUUUAAUAACCUAUGAUGGAAUCAAAUAGAAUUGAAGUGUUUAUUCUUGUCUAAACUGCAGUUGCAAGAAAUGCACCAAAUCUCCAGUGAUUCAUUCAUAAAGGGCAGUCAGUGAUGCUGUGUUUUACUUCCUGGUAAACAAAUCAUGUUUACUUUUUUACAGACUGUUUUCACAUGAUUUUGUACAGUUUUACAUUGUUGGAUAUGUUUUUGCUAUUCCCAAAUGUGCUUCAGUUUAGCUGCUGGUUGGCACAAGCACUUCCACAUACAGUGAAAAUAAAAGAAACAAAAAAGAGCCCGUGUGGGUGGUUCCUGCUGUUUACACAACAAAUAUGUGUUUAUGACCAUAAUUCUGUUAAUAAUAGACAAUAGACAGCCAUGUGAAAUGUCACAGGUUUGGUGUAGCUUUUCAAAUAAAUACCAUGAUAAAAAAAUCAUCUCCAUCUUAGAUUCUUGCAUGUAGUCGUUGUUGGUGCAGCCUGACUGAGGAAGAAGUUGUGUCUUUAAAUGUCUUAUGUGAUGGAAACCUGAGAUAUCUGUCCAAAGGUUUAAAGUAAAAGGACCUUCCUGACUUUCUGCACAUCUUUGUAUUCGUGAACCAGGUGAUAACAUGAAGCCUUACCUUUGAUGCAAUACUUUCACAUGACAUUUCUUCAAAAGUACAGUGAUUUUUACAUUGUGUAAUAAGUCAGUUGUUUUAUUGGAUGUAUGAUAUAAACUUCCAAUGACUGUUUGUGCUGUUUCAGACAUUGCAAUAAACAUAGUUGUUCAAAUCUUA